CAAGUGUUAUAUCCUGUUGCUGGAAGCAUGAAAGUUGGCAGACUCAUUUUGAACCACCAGUACGUCUGGGUCGGGAUAUGUGGACUUUUUUCUGUCAGACAUUUCUGGACUUGAUAUUUUGUGGGGGGAAAGAUGAACGCACCAUAUCCAGACGAGAUCUCCUACACUACCCAUACUCGCGACAUCUCUCCUCCACCCCGAUACUCCUUACAUGAGCCCCUUCGCCCUCCUCAACCGAACGACCGCUUGACGAGCACAGAACAGCCAGGCACUUUAUCGGCAGAAGACAGCACCAGGCAUCUCACGACAUCCCAUAUCAUACUAGAUGGAGAGUCAACAAGUUGCUGGAGCGACGCAUUCACAGCUAGCGCAGUGCUAUCCUUGCUUCAGAGAGAAUCUUUGACCCCUUUGCCCCGUCCAGUAACGCACAACGACAUAAACUUACGGGAAAUACCCCUUCUCACCUGCGUUGUCUGCUUCGAGACGUUCAGUGAUGAUUAUUUCCCACGCACACCAAUCACCGCUAGCUGCGACCAUGGCUCUAUGCCCGACACAAAUAUCUGCUUGGCAUGUCUCCGUCGGAGUCUUGACAUUCAGUUCUCGUCCCCGGACACGAGCUCACUGGCAUGCCCCCUCUGCCAUGAGCAGCUUUCCGAUGAAGAAGUCCACCGAUGGGCCAGUCGACAAACAUUCCAGACCUAUGAUCGAAUGCGAACUUGGCAGAUCCUAGAAGAGGAUGCCGAAUUCGUCCCCUGCAUCCAACAGAAUUGUGGAUAUGGUCAGCUACACGCCGGCGGACUGGAAGACCCGAUUGUGGUAUGCCGCUCGUGCGGCUCGAGAACAUGCUUCAUUCACCGAGAAACACCCUGGCAUGAAGGCAUGACGUGCACAGAUUACGAAGAAAAGAUAAACCCAAGAGAGAGCGAAUUAGAUAUUAGGGAACUUGCCCAGAAUGAAGUUCCUGAGCUGUCCAAUACUCGCAGAUCGAGCAAUGACACCCAAGCGUCCUCGUCCAGCGAACUUACGAGACCAGAGGCAAUAGAGUGGGUCACACGGCCUUGUCCUCACUGCAGCUCACCAACGGCGCGACCAAGUGGCUGUAAAUUUACAAGGUGCGAAUCAUGCCUGCAUGAGUGGUGUUGGGACUGCGGCAUUAGUUGGAAAUGGAGACAUCUCGAUAUGGACUGUAUUCUACCUCCGCAGUGAGAGAUAUUGUGUAGAUAUCACACAAGGUCCUACGACGAAGCGCUGAUUGGAGGCAUGCUGGAUAUUAAUUGCGGAGAAUGUUCCAUUCGUACCUAUUCUCGCAGUCAGAUUUGGUAUGACUUUUCU